GAGCUGGCACUGAAGUCUUUGGGAAGUGAGGGGCUGUUUCUCUUUUCUUCUCUGGACACGAACAACGAUCUGUACCUCAGUCCAGAAGAGUUCAAGCCGAUAGCUGAGAAGCUGACGGGGGUUGCUCCCAUCUCAGAAUUGGAAGAGGAGGAGACGCCUGAUCCAAGCGGGGAGACCUUGUCUGUUGUGGCUAAAUUCCAGCCUUUGGUCAUGGAAACGAUGACGAAGAGCAAAGACGGUUUCUUGGGAAUUUCUCACGUCGCUCUGUCUGGGCUGAGGAAUUGGACUGCCCCAGCAGCCCCUAUGAGCGUGAUGCUUGCCAGACAGUUUAAAGCCUUUCUUCCUCCAAAGAAUAAACUGGAUCUUGGGGAUCCGUGGUGGAUAAUUCCUAGUGAAUUGAACAUCUUCACUGGGUAUCUUUCCAACAACAGAUUUUACCCUCCGCCUCCCAAGGGCAAAGAGAUCAUAAUCCACAGGCUUUUGAGCAUGUUCCACCCACGCCCCUUCGUCAAAACGCGCUUUGCUCCCCAAGGAGCUGUGGCCUGCAUCCAAGCCAUCAGCACCUUCUACUACACCAUAGCAUUCAGGAUCCAUGCUGAGUUCCAGCUGAAUGAGCCACCAGACUUCCCCUUCUGGUUUUCCCCAGGCCAGUUCACAGGUCACAUCAUCCUCUCCAAGGAUUCUUCCCAUGUCCGAGAGUUUAAGCUCUUUGUCCCUAACAACAGGUCUCUGAACGUUGAUAUGGAGUGGCUGUAUGGGGCGAGUGAAAGCAGCAACAUGGAAGUGGAUAUUGGUUACCUGCCUCAGAUGGAGCUGGAAUCGACAGGCCCUUCAAUCCCCUCUGUGAUCCAUGACGAGAACGGAAAUGUGAUUGACAGCAGGGAUCCCUCAGGGGAGCCCAUUCAGUUUGUGUUCGAAGAGAUAACCUGGCAGCAGGAAAUCCCCUGGGAAGAGGCAGCCCAGAAGCUGGAAGUGGCCAUGUAUCCAUUUAAGAAGGUCUCCUAUCUUCCCUUCACAGAAGCUUUUGAGAGAGCAAAAGCAGAAAAGAAGCUGGUGCACUCGAUCCUGCUGUGGGGUGCCCUGGAUGACCAAUCCUGCUUCAUUAGCAGCUGGUCGCUGGUGAAGGAGCUGGAAGAACUGCAGAGCAACAGAGAGAAUGAGUUCUACAGCAAGCUGGCUGACCUGCACCUGGAGAAAUACAACUUCCCCGUGGAGAUGAUCAUCUGCCUCCCCAACGGCACGGUG